AUGGCCGAAUCACAGAUGCAGUUGGAGGAUUGGCUCGAUGACCUCUGUGUCCGCUUCAUCAUCAAUCUUCCCCAAGAAGACCUCUCCUCGGUCGCGCGAAUAUGUUUUCAAGUCGAGGAGGCUCAAUGGUUCUACGAGGAUUUUAUCCGCCCGCUAGACCCGACCUUGCCGUCCAUGUCCCUGCGAACCUUUUGCCUCCGCAUCUUCCAGCAUUGCCCGCUGCUGGCAUCCUUCUCGGUCGAGAACCACACCAAGGCUUUUGAAGAAUUCCUGCAGUACAAGACGCGCGUGCCCGUUCGCGGCGCCAUCAUGCUCAACCAUGCCAUGGACUCGGUCGUCCUUGUCAAGGGUUGGAAGAAGGGCGCCAACUGGAGCUUCCCGCGGGGUAAGAUCAACAAGGAUGAGGACGACUUGGACUGUGCGGUCAGAGAAGUCUACGAGGAAACCGGUCUUGAUCUUCGCGAAGCAGGUCUGGUUCCGACCGAGAAGAAGCCAAAGUACAUUGAGAUAUCCAUGCGCGAGCAACAGCUUCGUCUCUAUGUCUUCCGCGACGUCCCGAUGGAUACAAACUUUCAGCCUCGAACCCGGAAAGAAAUCAGCAAAAUCGAGUGGUACAAGCUUUCGCAGCUCCCGGCAUUUCGCAAGAAGGGUGCCCAAAACGAGGAAAACGGAGCCGGCACCGCAGCAAACAAGUUCUACAUGGUCGCUCCUUUCCUCGUGCCCUUGAAGAAGUGGAUUGCUUCUCAGAAGAAGGUCGAUGAGCGAAGAAUAGGGAGUGGCGUCCCGAGCUAUUCGCAUCACCAUCUUACUGCCGAGGAAGCCGCAACAACCGAAGAUGAUGCCUGGGCGCCGGCCAAGGGAUUCAUCCCAAGCCAUAUCCCGGCCAUUGAGACUCUUGAUGGUGCCACACAGGAGCUCCAGCGUUUGCUCAAGAUGCAGCCACCUACUCAGGGACUUCAGCCGUCCCAGCCUUCUCACCAGGACAAGGGUAGUGCCCUUCUCUCCCUGCUGCAGGCUAACAGCUCUGGCCCGAAGGCGAUGCCAAUGGUGCCGCAGACACCCCUGGACCUCACCGUUACCGAACCGCCGCAACCCCGAAAUCCUCAUCACCAUACGAACCAGCACCCGGUACCUAUACAUGCACAGUCACAGGGACCACCACCGGCUUUUCAACUCCCGACGAACCAACCGACUUCUUGGAACCCUGCCCAGGCCCAGAACGCCAAUGUGCAACAACCUCAGCAGGGGCCAGCAGGGCCACCCACCUACUACCCUGCUGGUCAACAAGUCUCUCUUGCACACCCGCAGCCGUUACCCCCGCAGGUUCAAAGGGCCAUGUUCGAUCGAAGCGCGUUCCAAGAAGGGCAUUCGGGCAUCCCACAAGGCAUACAAGCUCAGCAGCAGCCACGCCAACCUCAACAGCCGCAGCAGACGCAGCGACCCCAGCAGCCCCAAGCAAUUCCUCCAGCUCCUCACGCUCCUCAGGGUUCUGGCCCGGUGCAGCAGCUCAGCGGGCCCUCCAUGGCACUACUGAAUGCUUUUAAGCGAGACACCGCUCCUGCUCCGCGGCCCACUCACGUUGCCAGCAGCGACCAAGGUCAGGGCGUCAUGAGAGCCGAUAAGGCGCCCCAGGAUGUUCAUCCGCCCAGCCAUACACUACCUCAAGGGCUGCCCAAUCUACUGGAAAGUGCGGCCAAUCGCCCCCAGGAGCAGAGGAAGCCGUCUGAGCUUGCUGGCUCUGCUGUCGGACCACCUACCACCCAACACCGAUCCGCUUUGUUGGAGAUGUUCAAAAAGACCACGAUUGAUGCGGCUGCACAAGAGGGCCAGAAGCCAAAGAGCUAUGCCGCGAGUGGACCAAGUGUUCCGACCGCGGGCGCAGCAGACGGCAAGAUGCUCCUCCAACAACUCCAGCAGCGCGGACACGGAGCUCCGGGACCACCCCUGAACCAUGUGCCCAUCAAUCCUCCGCCAGCACAGCAUGAAAUGCCGUCCAGAGACGGGCGGGAACGUGGAGCCUCUUAUCAGCAAGCGUCUACCGCAGCUCGAUCUCUCUCAGGGACCCAGCCGCAGGCGCAGCCCACUCGUAUCCUUCAACGUGGCCAGACCCUGCACGACGAGCAACCUGUCGUGUCGCCCAAGACCUUGUCGUACGGGCAGCCGGCCCAGUCCCGCCUCGGACAGGCGGCCAGCCCGCAGACCACGCACCCUGUCUCGCGGCCCGCCGAGGUCCCUGCGGACCAAAAGAGACAGUUGCUUUCCCUGUUUAGCAAGCAGAAGAGCCCGCCCGCUGGCAUGGAACCUGCCGCGGCCGCCCAUCAGAGGUCUCGCGUCGCCUCCAUGGCCUCUGGAAGCGGCGAGCCGCCGUAUGGUACGGCUUCAUCUCGAAGGGGCACCGAGACGCCGAUAUCACCGGCGGAUCAGUCUUUUCUGUUGGAUUAUCUACAGAACGUAACCAACACUGCAACGCGCUGA